AAAAUUUGGCGCGUAAUUGGUGAAAAAAUAAAAACCUUUAGUGUACAGUGUGACCAACCAUCGGCCGGAGUGUCCGCCGGAAACUACAUUUUCUCAGUCAUUUCCUUCAGUGUUAUAAAUGUUAAAUAAUCAGUAAAAUUAACCAUCGUUUUCAGGAUUGAUUCCAAAACCUAUUUUAGGAUUUACCAAAAAGCCUAAUUUAGGAUCUAUUUUGUGAUAGUGUGUUAUUGGUGAUAGUUUUAAUGAUCUCAGCUUGGAGUUGCCCCAUUUCCGUCGAGUGCUCGGACUCGGACGACAUGCAGUCAUCUGACGCGAUGUCUGACACGCCGCUCUGUUCGUCACCAUCGCUGACAUCACCGUCACCAUCGAUCAGCUCCUCGGUGUCGCACUCGCCGUCGCCAUCCCAAAGGGCGGCGGUGCUCAGCUACGAGCAGGUGCGCCGCCUGAGCGACGUCAUGGACUCCAUCGUGAGCAUACACGGGAGGGGCAAUUUUCCAACUCUAGAAGUCAGACUAAGGGAUCUGGUGUCGGUGGUACGAGCCAAAUUGGAAGCCGACAUGCCAGUCAGGGAUAUCAGACUGAACGGAGGAGCUGCCACACACGUCUUGGCUACCGAAUCCCAACCUUACAACGACUUAGAUCUCAUUUUUGCUGUGGAGUUUUCCAGUGGAAGACACUAUGAUAGAGUUAAGAGUGCUGUGCUUGGAUCUUUGCUUGAUUUGUUACCCGAAGGUGUCAGUCGUAAAAGGAUAACGUCGUGUUCCUUGAAAGAAGCUUACGUAGCCAAGAUGGUCAAGGUUAAUAACGACGGAGACCGUUGGUCUUUGAUCUCUUUAGGAAACUCCAGGGGACACAGGAAUGUCGAACUCAAAUUCGUCGACACCAUGAGGAGGCAGUUUGAGUUCUCCGUGGAUUCUUUCCAAAUAGCUUUGGACUCCUUAUUCUUGUUCUACGAGUGCAGUGAUUUACCAAUGGGCGAAAACUUUUACCCAACCGUUGUUGGCGAAAGUGUGUACGGAGAUUUCCAAGAAGCUUUAUACCACCUACACAAAAAACUUAUAGCAACACGGCAACCUGAAGAAAUACGCGGUGGAGGUCUUCUAAAAUACUGCAAUCUUCUAGUACGUGGAUACCAACCGGUACACCGGGAACAAAUCAAAAGUUUGGAGCGGUAUAUGUGCUCGCGGUUCUUCAUCGAUUUUCCGGACAUAGGUCAACAAAGGUUGAAACUGGAAGGAUAUUUGUUGAAUCAUUUCAUUGGACCUGAAGAAGAAGCUUUGAAAUACCCGUACCUGAUGCUGUUGCACAGCGUAGUAGAAGAGUCGACUGUUUGUCUAAUGGGACACGAACGUAGACAAACUUUAUCCCUGAUCGAAACCUUAGCUUGCCAUGUCGUGUUCCAGGAACAACAAAGGAUAUUCAGUCAACAGCAACCUGGUCAACCAGCUUUACUAUACGCAAAUGGUUACUACUACGCGCCAGUAAUCCCUUACUGCACGUGUACCCAGACUAACUGGAUGGCCUGUUCGUGAGAUGUAGGAAAUAGUUAAAUAUAGGACUUAGCAUUAAAAUAAAUUAGUUGAGAUUCAAUAAUAAAAUAUAUAUCUGUCUGUAUGGAACGCUUCGAUAUCUGGCCAAUAUUCCGUAUUUUUUCACCAAGUCAUCGAAGUGUUUUUGUUUGUGUGUGCCUACGUGUGUGCGCAUUUGCUGCUAUCUUAAUUGAUGUAAUAUCAACUUUUUUUACCUGAAAUCGUGUAAAUGUGCAUCAUAGGAAAUAAUAUAAGAAGAACUUCACGGUUUGGAAAAAUAUAUAACGAUUCCAGUGAUUAAUCACAGUGCAAGUGGAAGACGAUAAAUUUCUGAUUUUUGACUUGGGCACUUGUAAAUAAAAAGCUCAAAAAAUAUUUUUAAUAUUAUUAGGUGUUAUAUUAAGAGUACAUG